GUAGGAAGGUCUGCAUUUGAGGAAUUAGAUCUGCCCUUUGCGCACCUUGGCCCCCUACCCAGUCUACAUUUGUUGAGCUACUCCAUUCAAGGUCAGGUCGCUUGCUUACUAGGAGUCGCGAGCUUGCAGAAACCCUAAAACAGACCCGGGAAAGCAAUGACUUAUUCGGAAUUAAAAGUGCUGAGGUGUUGACCGGAGUAGCUCCGAGGGAGUUUUGUCGGUCAUCAUGGGUAUCCGGGGACUAAUGAGUUUCGUGGAAGAGUAUAGCAAUGAAUUCUUCACUGAUUUGAAAUUACGGAACACAAAACUUAUCAUUGAUGGCUAUUCUCUUUUCCACCGACUUUGCUUCAAUUCAAACUUGGAGCUCAGGUAUGGAGGAGACUAUGAUUCGUUUGCAGAUGUUGUACAGAAAUUCUUUGAAUCACUGUUUGCUUGUCAUAUUUGUCCAUAUGUUGUCUUAGAUGGAGGAUGUGACAUUUCAGAUAAAAAACUUACAACUUUGAAGGAUCGAGCUAGAGAGAAGAUCCAAGCUGCCCAUUCCCUUUCCAUUGGCGGGGGUGGGAAUGUCUGUCCCUUACUCAUUCGAGAAGUGUUCAUACAGGUUUUGAUCAGGCUUAAGGUACAGUUUGUCCAGAGCUUUUCAGAAGCAGAUCGGGACAUUAUGACACUUGCCAAUCAUUGGAAUUGUCCCGUGCUAUCAUCAGAUAGUGACUUUUGCAUUUUUGACCUGAAAAGUGGGUUUUGCUCACUGAAUAGCUUUCAGUGGAAAAACCUGAACACCAUUAAGGAUACACAAGAUUACUAUAUUCCUGCCAGAUGCUUCUCCCUUGACGCAUUCUGCCAUUACUUCAACAACAUGAACAAAGCUCUGUUGCCUCUCUUUGCGGUGCUAUGUGGAAAUGACCAUGUUAAUCUACCCAUCAUGGAGACAUUCAUAAGUAAAGUAUGCCUUCCCCUUACUUCCAAGGGGAGGAGAUACCACCGAGUUCUGGGACUUCUGAACUGGCUGUCUCAUUUUGAUGGCCCCAAUGAAGCUCUGGAUAAUGUUCUGAAGUAUCUCCCCAAAAAGGACCGCAAGCAUGUCAAGGACCUUGUCUGCUCUUCCAUGGAGGAGUACCAGCAGUCCCAGGUGGCGCUACAGGACUUCUUCCGCUGCAGUGCUUACAUCCGUCCAGACACUCUGAAUCUGGGUUUGCCCGAGUGGGUACUAGCGGCUUUAGCCAGAGGCCAGCUAGCACCCUUCAUCAGUGAUGCCUCGGUGCUCCGAAGGACCUUUCUUCAAACGCAGGUAGAAAAUAUGCAGCGACCAAACGCCCACAGGGUAUCUCAGCCCAUCCGGCAGGUCAUCUAUGGGCUUCUGUUGAGUGCCUCAUCGCAUCCUGAAGAUACAUCCCAGAAUACAUUGCCUUCUCAGCUUCUGGCUUUCAAUGAGGUGGAAAGGAUUAAUACAAACAUCAAACUAUCAGUUGUUUAUGCAAAACAACUGCUCAAGGAUGAUUCUGACUUGAGCAAAUUGAUUGAGCUGCCCUUGGCAAGGCGGCAGAUGCUUCUGCUGGAAGCCCUGAAGGUCACACAGGCGGCCCUGGAGCCCAUCCCUACUCUUCUGAAGUUGCCUGUUGCUGUGACUUGUUACUGGCUGCAGUCCACAGAGGCCAAGGCAAAGCUCCACCACCUGCAGGCCUUACUGCUGGGGAUGCUGAGGGCGCCCUUGCUUGCCAUUGUCAACAGCCAUGGUAAGGAAGAUCCACGGGUACAUGGUGCCAAGAUGUUAUAUGAAGAAUUACAACAGGUGAAGGUGCCCAUGCGGCCAGGUACAAGAUUGGAUUUAGACACAGCUCACGUCUUCUGUCAGUGGCAAUCCUGUCUCCAGAUGGGCUUGUAUCUCAACCAGCUGCUCUCUGCUCCUCUUCCAGAGCCAGACCUAACUCGAUUGUACAAUGGAAGUCUGGUACAUGGGCUCUGCCAGCGACUGCCAGCAUCUACGUCUGCAGACAGUCUCCUGAGCAUGUGUCCUGAGGCAAAGCAGCUUUAUGAAUGUCUCUUCAGUACCACAAGCUCAUGUGCCCCAGCUGAAUUAUUUCUACCAAAGGCUAAGUCGAACUCAAAAAGCAGGAGGCGGAAGAAAAAGGUUGCCAGCCUGCAAACUACUUCAGACGCCAAGCCCUGGCAUGACAGGAGCAAUCGAUUUGGGCUGUUAAUGGUUGAAAGCCUGGAGGAGCAUGUAGAGAACUCAGAGCUUGAAUAAACACUCUGUAGUACACGAGUAGUUCUAACUUUAAAAUUUUUCUUUUACCUCCCUUGAAACUAAUUUUUCUUUAGGACUAACCUAUUAUGGAAUAAAUCUUAUAAGAGAUCA